CUGUCUCACAGUUUGGAGGCUGGUGUCUGAGCUCAGCUGCACGCUUAUUUUUACGCGUCGGUGUCUUUAAGACGCGCCGCCGUCCCGCUCGAGUCACGCCUCUGGCACCGCUCGCGGCACGACACCAUCCUGAACGGCUGCACGCACACGGCGAACGGACCAGAACCGCCACCCGAGCGGAGCCUCGAGCCGGAGGGCUGCAAAUACGCACGAUUACACAGCUUUGGCCACGUCCACAUGCGUUGGAGAAGAUCUGGGGGUGCCACAAGGGUUUAGUCAGACAAAAUCAUCUCCCCAUCUAAACUUCUGAGUAGGUGUGUGUCUCUCCCGUCUUGGAGCCAGCAGGAUGAGGUCCGGGUUCCUCCUCGCGCUCUUCUUCCUGGAAGGAGUUGCCGUCAUCAGCGCCUGCAACAAAGCGCUGUGUGCCAGUGACGUUAGCAAGUGCCUGUUACAGGGCCUGUGCCAGUGUCGGCCAUCAGAUGGAAACUGCUCCUGCUGUAAAGAGUGCAUGCUGUGUUUGAGCACACUCUGGGAGGAUUGCUGCGCGUGUGUGGGUAUGUGCAAUCCCAGGAACUACAGUGAAACCCCGCCCACCUCCAAAAGUACAGUGGAGGAUCUGCAUCGACCAAUCCCCUCUCUCUUCCGGGCCCUCACCGAGGGCGACACGCCCAUCAACAUGAUGGUUGUGUCCUUCCCCGUGGUCGAGGAGCUGUCUCACCACGAGAGCCUUGUCUCCUUCCUGGAGACGCUGGAUGAGCAGCAUCACAACAUCUCGUUGCCUGGCAGCCGCUUCCACGGCAACUACGACAAAGAUAACCUGUGCACGGUGGUCUACUUUGACGACUGCUUGUCCAUACGCCAGUGUAAGCAGUACUGUGAGUCUAUGGGCGCCUCGAAGUACCGCUGGUUCCACAACGCCUGCUGUGAGUGUGUGGGGCCCGAGUGUCUGGACUACGGCAGCAAAGCCGUCAAAUGUGUGAACUGCCUCUUCUGAGAGUGCACGCCUGGAUUAGCACCGCCGCUGAGCUGCGUGGGCCAGCCUGCCCUCUCUUACCCUCUGUUACCCUCUCCUACACUCUCUUACCCUCUCCUACCCUCUCCUACGCUCUCUUACCCUCUCCU